AAUAUAAAAACUGAACCGCAAGUGUGUGAGGAUAAAAACAUUGAUUUAGAUAAAAAUGCAACAAAUUCACGUGGAAAUAAAAUCAAAGUUAAAGAAAAUUUGAAUUGCAAACAAAUAAAAAGUGUUAUACCAAAGCAUAGGCAAGAAUUAUUGAAAUGGAAUGGUUGGGGUUACCAAGACUCUCGGUUCGAAGUUCGCGGUGAAACUGUAUAUUUUACUGGAAACCGCUAUCCCAUCGGAGAGUUAAAAUUGGGCGCGUUCACUGAUUGGGUAAUAGAAACGUUUAAUAUAAAAUUAGAUGAUAGACAGCCCCCUCAACCGCUUCCAACAGAUUACCCGGAACCAGUGCCUUGCGAGGAAUUUUUAGAAGAAUGCAAGUUGUUAGGUUUAGAGUUUUCCCAAAGAGGAGAAGACCGGCUCCAAAGAGCGCACGGCCAAACCUUGCACGACAUAUAUACACUACGACGUGGGACAUUCAAAAGAAUACCCGACGUCGUUAUUUGGCCUAAAAACCAUGAUCAAACCGCAGCAGUUGUGCAAUCUGCAAAUAAACAUAAUGUUGUUAUCAUCCCAUUCGGAGGAGGCACUUCGGUAUCGGGUGCAGUGGCUAGUCCAGAAAACGAACUGCGGCCUGUUGUAGUUUUAGAUACAUCUCAAAUGAAUAGGAUGUUGUGGCUAGAUAGAGAAAAUCUUAUGGCCUGUUUUGAAAGUGGAAUAGUAGGUCAGGAUCUAGAGAGAGAGUUGCGCAAUCUAGGCUUGACUUUGGGCCACGAACCUGAUUCCUACGAAUUUUCCACCCUGGGGGGCUGGGUAGCGACCCGGGCUUCAGGAAUGAAGAAGAAUGAAUAUGGUAACAUAGAAGAUUUAGUAGUUCAUGUCCGCAUGGUUAGUUCCCAAGGAGUUUUAGAAAAAUCUGUAGCAGCUCCAAGAAUAUCGUGCGGUCCUGAUUGGAAUCAUGUAAUUUUAGGAUCGGAAGGAACUUUAGGGGUUGUGACUGAAGUGAUAGUGAAAGUGCGUCCUUUACCCUCAUGUAGACGAUAUGGAUCAAUAGUCUUCCCAAAUUUUUCUGCCGGGGUGAAGUGUUUACGUGAAAUCGCGAAGAAACGUUGUCAACCGGCUAGUAUACGUUUAAUGGAUAACGAGCAGUUCCAAUUCGGUCAGGCAUUAAGACCUGAAAGUUCUUGGUUUGGUUCAAUUAAGGAUGCCAUCAAACAUUCAUAUUUGCAAUACGUUGCGGGCUAUGAUCUGAGUCAAGUGGUUGUCGCUACUUUGUCGUUCGAAGGCGAAAAGAAAGAUAUUGACAGAAAUGAAAAGUUGUUAGAACAAAUUGCUAAAAAAUAUGGGGGUAUUCCAGCUGGAAACACAAAUGGAGAACGCGGAUAUUUGCUCACAUUUGUCAUUGCAUAUAUUAGGGAUUUGGCUCUCGAAUAUUUUGUAGUGGCGGAAUCCUUCGAAACUUCUGUUCCUUGGGAUCGUUGCGAGACGUUGUGCCGUAAUGUUAAGCACAGGCUGAAAAAGGAAUGUUCAAAUUUAGGCAUCACGCAUAUGAUGAUCUCUUGCCGAGUCACGCAGACAUACGAUUCAGGUGCCUGCGUGUAUUUCUACUUCGCUUUCAAUCACAAAGGUCUGGACAACCCAGUGGAAGCCUACGAGGAGUUAGAGGCGCGUGCCAGGGACGAAAUACUGGCGUCCGGAGGGUCACUCUCCCACCACCACGGCGUAGGCAAGCUGCGCAGCCGUUGGUACCCGCAGAGCGUCUCCGCUGUGGGAGUGGACCUCUACAAUGCUACGAAACGUCAAUUAGACCCCAAAAAUGUAUUUGCUUGUGGAAACCUACUGCCUUCACAAUCUAACCACUUGUCGAGCAAACUUUGA